CCAGCGGCGGGGCGAGGCGGGUGGGUGCCCCUGCCCCUGCGACGGCCAGGCCAGGCGGCAUCACGCCCCCGGCCCCCGCGGAAGAUCGCAGGGAACGGUGGGCGCUGUCAUCUGUGCCCUGCGUUUCCGGAGGAGCCCAGGGAGGCUGGGCGGGUGAGGAAGCGGCCAUCCAUGUGCGGCCCACUCACCUGCACCCCUCCCUUGAGAGGGCCGGGAGGAGCCGCGGCAUUCCUCUGCAGCUCCUUCCAGAGGGCAGGCGCCGUGGUGGGAGUGCCCGCCCGAGGGCAUCCGAGGCUGAGCUCCCAGCAGCGGCGGAGGUCCUCCCUUGGGAGCCACCCCGGUCCCCAGCGGGGCGGGAGACUGGUACCUGUGCCACGCCAGCAGAGCCCCAGGCGGUGCCGGGAGAGGUUCGGCCCGGCUGACGUGGCACCAGGGCCACUCUGCUCAGCUAACAUUUGCCUUUCCGGAGUCAGAUUCCUGCCCUGUUUGAACAGAGUUAGGGAACACGUGGUAGGGCGCAGCCCCAGACCGCUGGGCGAGGCUGCAGUGACAGCCCCACUGUCCGUCUUUCCGGUGGUCCAGGCGCUCUGCACCCUUCGCUUAAGAAGGUGUCAUUAUUAGCGCUUCCCAAAGAGGGGAACACAGAAGUGGGUCAAGUUGAGUUCAAAGAACCCAAGAGCCAAGAGCCCAGGACUCGACCCUCUAGGUUCCUCCGGAACCCUGUGGUCCCACGCAGAUGGGCUCUAACCCUCGGAGGCCAUAGCUGCAGAAGCCAACCCUGCCCUAAGCAUAAAAUGGAAGGUCUCUGGACCCCAGGGCAGGAGCCCCAGGGCAGGGAUGUUAGAAAGCAGCUUAUGGUGGCUCCUAGGGGUGUGGAGCACCAUAUCACCUGCAAGGGAUUGGCCGUCUUUCUUCCCCUCCUCUCCCUAAUCCUAGGAGUGCAUGGACACAGCUCUCAGCAGUCUGUGGCCUGAUGUGGAAUAGAGGGUUCCUGCACCCUACACCUGAGCCCAUCCAACUCUGGGCUCUAGACUGUUCCGCCGAAGGCCCGGCCUGCCCCGAGACGCUGUGUGCCUAUUCUCAGCAUCAGGUCCUGGCGGCUAAGAUAGAGCAGCAUAAGCACCUAAACACUUCAGGGCUGAGAUGGGUGCUGCUGAUCCGUGUGUCAGGACAUCAGGCCUGGUGGGGGCAAAUGGCGACAUCAGGUGAACAGCUGCGAGCCACGGGCCUCCUGCCAGUGCUGGGAAGGGUCCCGUCCGUGGUGGCCAUUGCCAUUCCUGGCGGAGGUUCAUUGCCUUUGGCUGCAGCAUCCACUGGUUUCUCCAUCCUCCCAGUCUCUGCCCCGCUCACACUUGGAGGCUGGACACAAAAGUCACCACCUCCCUGAAGCCCCCCUAGGUGGGCCAGAAUCAGCACCUGGUGCAAAACUCCGUGGCCACUGCUGUACCGCAUUAUGCAGAGCACACCGGACAGGCUCAUGCGCGUCCAGGCUGUGCCAGGAAACCCUCUGCCCUUGCGUCUUCACAGCCGUGCUCACAGCGUGUCCUUGGUGCCUCUGUCUGGUCAGCUCCUCCCGUUAGCCAUGCUGUCCAGCACGGUGGCUGCUGGUGCGUGCUGUCAGCGUGAGCUGCGCUCUAAGUGUAAACUACGUGCUGGCUUGUGAAGGGUACAAAUAUCUAAUCAAUCAUUUUUUAUUGCACAUUAAAUUGACUAUCUUGGAGGUAUUAAAUAAAAUACUAUUAAAAUCUA